ACUAAAUCCCUAAAUGAAUUCAAAAUCCCCUUCUCUCUCCUCUUUCUUCUUCCCAGUCGAUACCACUCUUUCUUUUCCUCUCUCGCAUUUCAGUCGGCCAGACCAGAUGAGCCAUCUCCGGCCACCACCCAAUGACACGCACCCCACCACGAGCUUCCUUGGCCCCCGAAACCCCCAACCCGUGAAGCUCGCCUCCCCACUCGCCGGCCUCCAUCACGAUUGGCUCCCCGAAGUUCCGUCGCCGCUGUCAGUUUGGAGGAUUGUUCUGGCCUCCACCGUGGACGAUGAAGGCUCCUGCUGGCAACAACGAUGGGGAAGGCGACGGCGAAGGCUCCUGAGCUAGUGACUUCCUCCGUGUGCGACUUCUUCCAGCCGAACCCAGCCGCAUCUCCAUCUCUCGAAUGCCUCUUCGUUCUUCAUCCAACCCAAGCACACGCCUCUUUCUUCUUCAUCCAACCCAGGCGCACACCCUUCUCACCACACCGACGAUGUGGUAGGCUCGACAGCAAAGGCAAAGGCGGAGGCAGAGGCGGAGGCAGGGGUUUCGACUCUCUCACUACUUCGUCCUCCCAUAGUUCUCUCUCGUUCAUUUUUUUUUUUGCAGAUGGUGCUCACGGUGGUGGUGAUUGUUCUGGGUGGCCAUGGUUCGGGGUGGUGGUGGCAGCGGGCUGUGGCUUAGGAUGGCUAAAACUCUACUUGGAUAUUUAAGAGAACCAAGAAAAUUAUAUAAGAGAACCAAGGCAACAAGAAAUUCUUCUUCAAGUUGUUGGGUAUUAUUUUCUCUCAUGCAUGUAAGAGUUAUGUAUAGUGAGGUUUUUAUUUAUGUAUUUAGUUUUGUUGUGUUCUACCAUUGUAUGUAAUAGAUAGAUUAAUUUCAAUUGUAAAAGUUAGAUUUUUUUU